GAUGCGGGCUCCGAGCUCAACAAGUCGGACACACUCGGCUCCACCGGUUCGGCCGGGGGGCGGAAGAGGGCCGGCGGAGCCAAGAAGCAGAUGCAGGCAAAUAAAUCUGCACUCAGAGCCCCACGAGCCCUGUGCUGUCUCACCCUCAGUAACCCAAUCCGCAUGGCUGCACUGGCCCUCGUGGAGUGGAAAUAUCCUUCACUCUGCACUAAACACACUCCCUUUGACAUAUUUAUCUUGCUGGCCAUCUUUGCCAACUGUGUCGCUCUCGGUGUGUCUAAACCAUUUCCUGAGGAUGACUCCAAUGCCACCAACCACAACCUGGAACAAGUGGAGUAUGUUUUUCUGGUCAUCUUCACCAUUGAAACCUUCACUAAAAUUUUGGCCUAUGGAUUGGUUAUGCAUCCCAGUGCUUACAUCCGCAGCGGAUGGAACUUGCUGGAUUUCGUUAUUGUUAUUGUCGGGCUGUUCAGUGUGGUGGCUGAGAUGGGUGAUCACAAGCCUGGGGAAGCUCACCAUGCUGCAGGUAAACCAGGAGGACUGGAUGUCAAAGCACUCAGGGCUUUCAGAGUGCUCCGACCCUUACGACUCGUCUCAGGAGUACCCAGCCUGCAGAUUGUGUUGAACUCCAUUAUGAAGGCCAUGGUCCCUCUAUUGCACAUUGGUUUGCUGGUCAUGUUCGUCAUCAUCAUUUACGCCAUCAUCGGCCUUGAGCUCUUCAUUGGCCGCAUGCACAAGACCUGCUAUUAUGUUGGCACAGAACUGAAUGUGGAUGAUGACCCUACGCCAUGUGCAUUUGCUGGAAACGGGCGCUUCUGUGUGGGGAACAACACUGAGUGCAGGGGUGGAUGGGAAGGCCCCAAUGGUGGCAUCACCAACUUUGACAAUAUCUUCUUCGCCAUGUUGACUGUGUUUCAGUGUAUCACCAUGGAGGGCUGGACUGAUGUGCUUUACUGGAUGAAUGAUGCUAUUGGCUUUGAGCUGCCCUGGGUCUAUUUUGUAUCCCUGGUUAUAUUCGGUUCCUUCUUUGUACUCAAUCUUGUGUUGGGUGUGUUGAGCGGUGAAUUUUCUAAAGAGAGAGAGAAGGCUGUGUGUCGUGGGGAGCUGCAGAAAGCUCAGGAGAAGCAGCAGAUGGAGGAGGAUAUGAUUGGCUACAUGGACUGGCUCAUUGAGGCUGAAGACAUGGAUGAAGAUGGGAACAAACGUGCUGUGGUGGCCAAGAAGAAGAUGAUGAAGAAAUACGGAUGGUACAAACACAGUGAAGAUGGAGAAUCUGAUUCGGACUCAGAAUUUGAGGCAUACCUGGAUGAUGACAACGGAUGCUGCGCUUCCAUUAUGGCACGGCUAAUGGCCAUCAGCUUCUGUGAACAGCUGUAUCACCUGAACCUGGUUAUCCGGAAGAACUGUCGCAUAGCUGUCAAGUCGACCAACUUUUACUGGCUGGUGCUUCUUCUGGUGUUUCUUAACACGGCGGCCAGCGCCUCUGAGCACUAUGGCCAGCCCAAGUGGCUCACAGAUGUCCAGGAGAGAGCCAAUAAGAUCUUGCUGGGCCUCUUCACUAUGGAGAUGCUGAUGAAGAUCUACAGCUUUGGAUUCCAGAUAUACUUCAUGGCGCUCUUUAACCGUUUCGACUGUUUCGUCGUGUGUGGUGGUAUCCUAGAGACAGUCCUGGUGGAAAUGGAUGUCAUCCCACCCAUUGGCAUCUCAGUGUUGCGCUGUGUCCGCUUGCUCCGUAUCUUCAAAGUCACCCGUCACUGGGCAGCUCUGUCAGACUUGGUUACCUCUCUGCUCAACUCCAUGAAAGCUAUAUGCUCCCUGCUGCUUCUGCUCUUCCUCUUCCUCAUCAUCUUCGCUCUGCUGGGCAUGCAGCUCUUCGGCGGCAAGUUCAACUUUGAUGAGACUCAGAUGAAGAGAAGCACGUUCGACACCUUCCCUUCGGCCUUGCUCACCUGCUUCCAGAUCCUGACUGGUGAAGACUGGAACUCUGUGAUGUAUGAUGGGAUUAUGGCGUAUGGUGGUCCUGUUUUCCCCAACAUGAUCGUGUGCAUUUACUUUGUCAUUCUCUUCGUCUGUGGUAACUACAUUCUGCUAAAUGUCUUCUUGGCUAUCGCUGUCGAUAACUUAGCGGGAGAUGGAGGUAAAAAGAAAAAAGAAGAGAAGAAAGAAGAGGAGGAGGAAUGGGAAGAUGAUGAAGAAAGAGAGGAUGAAGAUACAGGGAAUGAUGUGGAUGACUGGGAGGAGAAUGAGGAACUGAGGGCUAUUGAAGGACUGGAAGGUGCUGUACCGAUGAAAGUGGCAGAUUUUCAGCCAAAAGAGAAGAUCGUCCCUAUCCCUGAUGGAAGUUCUUUCUUCAUCCUUGGAAAGAAAAACUGUAUUCGAGUGGGCUGUCACAACCUCAUCCACCAUCAUUACUUUACCAAUCUCAUCCUGGUCUUCAUCAUCCUAAGCAGUAUCUCCCUGGCUGCUGAAGAUCCAAUCAGACAGCACUCAUUCAGGAACCAAAUGUUGGGAUAUGCUGAUUAUGCGUUUACCUCCAUCUUCACUUGUGAAAUCGUACUCAAGAUGACAGUGUAUGGAGCUUUCCUACAUCAAGGCUCCUUUUGCAGAAAUGCAUUCAACCUUCUCGAUCUUCUGGUCGUCAGCGUGUCUCUCAUCUCCUUCUUCCUACAUUCGAGCGCCAUCUCUGUGGUGAAGAUUCUGCGUGUACUCCGUGUAUUGAGGCCUCUUCGUGCCAUCAACAGAGCAAAGGGACUUAAGAGCGUGAUUCAGUGUGUGUUCGUGGCUAUUCGCACUAUCGGUAACAUCCUCAUAGUUACCACACUCCUGCAGUUCAUGUUUGCCUGUAUUGGAGUGCAACUCUUCAAGGGUAGAUUCUUCAGGUGCACAGAUGAGGCCAAACACACCCCUGAAGAGUGCAAGGGCACAUUUGUGGUGUUUAAGGAUGGGGAUAUGAAUCACCCCAUGGUGAGGGAGAGAGUUUGGAUAAACAGUGACUUUAACUUUGACAAUGUGUUGAUGGGAAUGUUAGCCCUCUUCACCGUCUCUACCUUUGAGGGCUGGCCACAGCUGUUGUACAAGGCUAUUGACGCCAACGCAGAAAACAGAGGCCCCAUCUACAACUACCGUGUGGAGAUCUCCAUCUUCUUCAUCAUUUACAUUAUCAUCAUCGCCUUCUUCAUGAUGAACAUCUUCGUGGGUUUCGUCAUCAUCACAUUCAGAGAGCAAGGAGAGGCUGAAUUCAAGAACUGCGAGCUGAAUAAGAACCAAAGACAGUGUGUUUACUAUGCCCUAAAAGCUCAACCUAUAAAAAUCUACAUACCCAAAAACCCUUCUCAGCUCAAGUUCUGGAAAAUCAUCAACUCUUCCCAGUUUGAGUACAUCAUGUUUGUUCUCAUUUUACUCAACACUCUCACCCUGGCUGUACAGCACUAUGAGCAAUCGAAACUCUUUAACUUUGUGAUGGACAUCCUCAACAUGAUCUUCACUGCACUGUUCACCAUAGAGAUGAUCAUCAAACUGCUCGCCCUCAGGCCAUACCACUAUUUUAUAGAUGCAUGGAACUCCUUUGACGCAUUGAUAGUGGUGGGCAGUCUGGUAGACAUUAUGAUUGCUGAGUUUAGUGGAGGGGGAGGCCAUGGAGAGGCAAAAGGGGAAGGAGAGAGCGCCAAAGUGUCCAUCACGUUCUUCCGUCUGUUCCGAGUCAUGCGAUUGGUCAAGUUGCUGAGCAAGGGGGAGGGCAUUCGGACUCUUCUCUGGACCUUUGUUAAGUCACUGCAGGCUUUGCCUUAUGUCGGUCUCCUAAUUGCAAUGAUCUUUUUCAUCUACGGUGUGAUCGGCAUGCAGACUUUUGGAAAGAUUGCUAUUGAUGACACUACAGAACUCAACAGGAACAACAAUUUCCAAACCUUCUUUAUGGCUGUCUUAUUACUCUUCAGAUGUGCAACUGGUGAACAGUGGCAGCAGAUCAUGUUGGCAGCGUUGCCAGGGAGACGCUGUGACCCUGAGUCAGAUUUUGAGCCAGGGGAGGAGUAUUCCUGCGGCAGUAACCUGGCUUACCUCUAUUUCAUCAGCUUCUUCGCUCUCUGUGCUUUCUUGAUCAUUAACUUGUUCAUUGCUGUCAUCAUGGAUAACUUUGAGUACCUAACCCGAGACUGGACAGUACUGGGGACUCAUCACCUGGAUGAGUUUAAAAGAGUUUGGUCAGACUAUGACCCCGAGGCCACGGGUAGAAUCAAACAUCUGGAUGUGGUUACUCUGUUACGGAGGAUUCAGCCGCCUCUUGGUUUUGGCAAACUCUGUCCGCACCGCGUGGCCUGUAGGAGACUGGUUGCCAUGAACGUGCCGCUUCACCCUGACGGCACUGUGUCCUUCAAUGCCACCUUGUUUGCUUUAGUCAGGUCCUCACUGAAGAUUAAAACAGAAGGACCCAUUGACCAGCAGAAUGAGGAGCUCAGGGCCAUUAUUAAGAAAAUCUGGAAACGCACCAAACCCAAGCUCUUAGACGAAGUCAUCCCUCCCCCUGCAGGCGACGAGGUGACUGCAGGGAAGUUCUACGCCAGCUUCCUUAUCCAGGACUACUUCAAAAAAUUUCGGAAAAGGAAAGAGAAAGAGAGGAAGAAGAAGGGGAAAGACAAGUCCGCCUCCCUCCAGCAAGGACUGCGUACACUUCAGGAUUUGGCCCCAGAAAUGCGCUUGGCCAUGGCUAUGGAGGAGGAGGAGGGUAUGGAAGGAGAGAUGACAGAGGACGAAGAAUUCUUCAGGAGCGACAGUGUAUUCAGCGACGUUCCAUCCACGCCGACUGCCUCCAUCCCAGGCACGCCCCUACCACCCAUGGACGAACACACCACCGUAAUCAUUGAGCCCAGAUCCAAGAUCUACAAUGGAGAACUUAUGCUGGAGGAGGCCAUAGAGGAUUCUAGGCCCGCCUCUGCGCUUUCUACCAAUGAGGUGGUGUGGGAACAGCCUCAGAGGUCCAGCCCCCUGCCCAACAGGUGGGCCGCCGGUCACAACAAACUGAACACACUCUGGGCGCUGAACUUUGGCUCAAGGACUGAUCUGAGAGUAAGCUCUCCACCUCCACCUCCACCUCCAAUGGAUGGAGGGACACAGGGUGGAGGAGGGCAGGUGGUAAACGCCACGGAGCAGAACUACGUGAGUAAGGAGCAGGAUGCGGGGAGCGUAGCUUCACAUGAGAGACAAUGGUACCCAGAAGUCCCUCCACCUGCGCCAACUGCACCCUCUCCUGCCCCCUCUCCUGCCCCCUCUCCCGCCCCCAGCAAUGUGCAUGAAGGGGUGAGUACAACGCCACUUCCUGAAAAUGCUAACAGCAACAGUUACAAUGCCAGUAGGCAUCCUGCAAAUGAAUACAAUGGCACCAGUUACCCUACAAAUGGCUUCCAUGGAACCCCCUACAACUUGAACGGUUACAAUGGAAACGGAUACAGCGGAAGUGGGUACAGCGGAAAUGGGUACAGCAGUAACGGCUACAACGGGAAUGGAUACAACGGAAAUGGAAAUCCACCUCGAAGACGCCUCCUCCCCCCAACACCAGCAGGUCGAAAGCCCAAUUUUAACAUCCAGUGUCUGAGGAGUCAGGGCAGUAACGACGACCUUCCUAUUCCCGGCGUCUAUCAUCAGAACUCCCCACCUUGCCGAACACGCAUCCAGACACAUAACAGUUUUGACUCGCGGCGUAGCAGUAUCUCGUCCGCCGGCUCGUCGGCCUCGUGGGCUAAUAACCAGGCCCGCCGAGGCCGGCUCCUCUACGCGCCGCUCAUUCUGGUGGACGAAGCGGGCGGCACACAGGCUGUGUGGGGUGAGGGUAACGGCAGUGCCAGCUUACCCGCGUCUGCCAGGACGAUGGGCGUAUCGCAGCCACAGAGGGCCUACACGAGUCUCCGAGUGCCGAGCCAACACAGCCCUGGCUACAUAGAAAGAGGCAGCGCUGACAGCCUGGUUGAGUCGAUUCUCAUAUCAGAGGGCCUGGGUCUGUACGCCAGAGACCCCAAAUUUGUGGACUUUGCCAAACGGGAAAUUGCAGAUGCAUGUCACAUGACACUGGAUGAGAUGGAGAAUGCCGCCAGUGACUUGCUGAGCCGUGGAAGGGGGGGACAGCCAGUAGCGCGCCUCGAGGAGGACUUGGCUGAUGAAAUGAAUUGUGUUAUCUCAUACUGA